AGACAGACCGAAGUGUGUCUUUAGUUGAAUUUUAGAUAUCAAACGGUCAUGUUGAUAGCAAAAAAUAUUCUAUCGCGUGAGAGAAAUAUAAAAAUAUCUUUUAGUUUAUUUUGAAGGCAACCAGAACUGUUUGGUUUUAGUUUUCAUUUUUUUCUUUUUUUGAGUUUCACUUGAAUAUUUUUGUUUUGAAUUUAUUUUUGGAAAAUAUCAGAAUAAACCGCGUAAUAUAUUUGCAACAUCAUCAUUAUAAAAUAAUCAGAAACAAAGUAAAAAAAAUAAGAAAAAAUAAUUCGAAGAGAACUGUGAAGAGUUCCGAUCGGUGACCUUGUUAAUAUUUCGGAAACCGAAGAGAAACAAUUUUAAAGAAGUUGAUCAAAGAUAUUAUGCAACAGCUUGCAAAUUGAAAUAUAAGAAAAAAUAUUUGCGAUUUGAGAGUGUUUAGUGAUUUAUUUAUGAUUUAAAAACUGUGGCAGAAGUCCAAAAGAAGGAAAUAAAAUUUCAAGAAAGUAAAAAAAGCUCAUUUGAAAAAUAGUGACAAAAGAGUUCACCAACAUUUGCUGAUAAAUAUAAAAAUUAUUAAUUACUGUGGUGGUGUGAAUUAAGAAAUAAAAUUUAAACAAAACGAAUUCGUGGAAACACAUUUCUAUCGUUCACUUAAUAAUAGACACUGAAGUAUCGAGAAUUCAACGAAUUCUUAUGAAAUAGUGAAUUGAAGUUCAAGCAAUGAGUCGAAUAGUGGAUAAAUUAAAGGGGAUCAGUCAGGAGGAUCCCCUGCAACAAGGCUACAGUCGAGUUCAACAUAAUCUCGGAGACGGAACAUUAUCAAACUCAACCACCUCAACGAGUUUGGAUACAGUUGUGAUUGAUACAUCAACUGAUAACAUUUCAAACUUGUCAAAACCACAAAAGCAAAGACAAGUUUUCAGUCCAAUAUCUGAAACAGAAGACAAAACAAACCGAUUCGAAGAAGAUAUCAAAGAACUUGCAAUUCGAUCAAAGAAAUCAAAUCUCAAAGGAGCAACUCACAUAACAUUUGGUGACGAAGAAGAGGAAGCUGAUAAAUUUGACGAAGACGCUUUUAAAAAAAAACGCGAUCACUUCCAGAAAACAAAGUCGAGAUCAGAGCAUAAAAGUAUUAUUUUGAGAGAUUUGCGUGCAUAUUUAGACGGCGAUCUUGAUCGUAGUCAAUUUCAAUCAAAGAAGCAUGUGUCACUGGAUGUUCGAUCAUCAAAGCAGUUGGAAAACUUGCUGAAGGGAGGACAAGCAUCAUCUUCAGAAGAUGAGUUCGAUCAUAAAAGAAAGUCAUUCCAAGCAAGAAAGCAUAAAAGCCUAGACGCUCGACAUAUAUCAUUCAAGCUUGACAAAGAGGCAACACCAACACCAUCGACUAGCAGUGAAGAAGAUUACGACUGUGAAAGAACAAGUUUGCUGCAAAUUGAUCCCGACAUAACGAAGCCCGUCGUCAUCGACCUCAAAGUAAAUAUUUUCUUCACGCAUUACUUGAAGAUUUCUAGAAAAGAUCUUGAUUCAUCAAGUGACGAAGAAGAUUUUCAAUCCAAUCGGAAGCAAUUCCAACAAGCCCGAUCAAUUAGUACGGCAUCGAAGAAAUCCAUAAGUUUCUUCGACAUGGAAAUGUCAAAUAAGGAUGAAAAUAUCCGCAACUCGGUACCGUUUGUGAGGCAGAUCACGGAAGAUGGAAAAGCCAAAUUGGAGAUUUAUCGUCCAACGACGAACCCAAUUUAUAUUUAUACUCAAAUUAUGGCAGCCUUAUCAGUAUCACUCGGCUCGAUGGUUGUCGGGUUCUCAUCAGCCUACACAUCACCAGCUUUAGUUUCGAUGAGAAAUCCUAACAUAACAUCAUUUAGCAUCACGCACCAAGAAGCUUCAUGGGUUGGUGGAAUAAUGCCGUUAGCUGGUUUGGCUGGUGGCAUUGCUGGUGGACCGUUUAUAGAAUAUAUAGGAAGAAAAAAUACAAUUUUGGCCACUGCUAUUCCAUUCAUUGUCUCAUGGCUUUUGAUUGCCUGCGCCACUUCAAUUGGUAUGGUGCUAGCUGGUCGUGCACUAUCUGGAUUUUGUGUUGGUAUUGCGUCACUAUCUUUGCCCGUAUAUCUCGGUGAAACCGUCCAGCCAGAAGUUCGUGGAACCUUGGGACUUCUACCGACAGCUUUCGGUAAUAUUGGAAUCUUACUUUGCUUUGUAGCUGGUAAAUACGUGAAUUGGUCUGGACUUGCGUUCCUUGGUGGUGCAUUACCGGUUCCAUUUUUGAUUCUAAUGUUCUUAAUUCCUGAAACUCCACGCUGGUAUGUUUCGAGGGGAAAAGAAGAACGAGCUCGUCGAGCUCUUCAGUGGCUUCGUGGCAAACAAGCUGACGUUGAACCGGAACUCAAAGGAAUUGUUAAAUCACAUUGUGAAGCUGAGAGACAUGCAUCACAAAAUGCAAUUUUCGAUCUUCUUAAACUCAGCAAUUUAAAGCCACUGCUAAUUUCUCUUGGGUUGAUGUUCUUCCAACAACUUUCGGGCAUCAACGCUGUCAUUUUCUACACUGUGCAAAUCUUUCAAGAUGCAGGAAGUACGAUUGACGAGAACCUUUGUACGAUCAUUGUCGGUGUUGUCAACUUUAUAGCAACUUUCAUUGCGACAAUGUUGAUUGAUCGAUUGGGAAGAAAAAUGCUUCUCUAUAUCUCGGAUGUAUGCAUGAUCAUCACACUCAUGACCCUUGGAACCUUCUUUUACUACAAAAACAUAGGAGGAGAGAUUUCAAGUAUUGGUUGGUUACCAUUGGCUGCCUUUGUUAUAUUCGUGAUAGGAUUUUCACUUGGAUUUGGUCCAAUUCCUUGGCUUAUGAUGGGAGAAAUCUUACCAGCUAAAAUAAGAGGUUCGGCAGCGUCAGUAGCUACAGCAUUCAAUUGGGCUUGUACUUUCGUCGUGACGAAAACAUUCACUGACAUUAUCGGUGUAAUCGGAACUCACGGAGCUUUCUGGUUUUUCGGUUCUGUUUGUGUGGUUGGUCUCUUCUUUGUGAUCUUCUAUGUGCCUGAGACACAAGGCAAGUCUCUUGAAGAUAUUGAGAGGAAAAUGAUGGGACCAGUAAGAAGAAUGUCCUCAGUAGCUAAUCUUAGACCAAUGAGUUUCAACUUGUAACCCUCUGCACAUCAAAACGUCCACAAUAAUCUCCGGAAUGUUGCGGAUUUCUUUUCAACUUUUAACACAAAAAAAUGAUUUUCAUGACUGAUCGAGGAAUUUUAUUCUUCGGUCAUGUAUUUCAUCGUAAGCUUUCUGUUGCUAAACAUGAAGUUGUUCCAAUUGUAGCUAAGCAAUGACACAUCAUUAAUCAAUUAUCAGUCACAUUUGUGUUUAAAAGAAAAAUUGCCAUAGAAAAAUAAUUUUCAUUUUCGAGAAAUGGAAUUCAAGGAGAUAAAGUCUAAAAACAUUCAUUGAAUUUGAUAUUAGAGAAAGGAAAUCUGAUAAAAUCAGAGUAAAUAAUAAUUUAAUUGUGAUAAAAACAAGAAGAGAAAGAUAGUUAAGAAAACAAUUCGCUAGAGUAGAUUUCGCAAUUUUUCCUUUUGAUUUUUCAUUUUGUAAAUAUUUUAUUGUAUCUAAGCUUCUUUUUAAUAUUUAAAUUUGACAAUUUAGCAGAUGAUCUAAUCAAUAAUUGUUUCUGUUUCUCCUAAUUUUUCUUCCCUCAUUUGAAUGACGAAUCUCAAAAGAUUAUUUGACACAGAUUAAAAUAUUUACAUGGACAAUGCUACUGACUACGAAGGUUUCAUUUUGAAGUCAGUUCAAAGUGCUUGUCAUUUAAAAAUUCGCAAUAAUCAUAAACUAAAUUUCUUUCUAUAAGUUCAUCUUCUGCUUUCUUAUGUUCACAUGCAUAAGGAUUGGAUGACGAAUUUGACUGUGUCACAACAUAAAUAAAUCAAAAUCCAUGAGGCAUGAUAAAUGAAAAUUAGUUCCUUUAAUUAUUUUUCGAUUGGAAAUUACAGAAAUUUAAUUUUUAGAUAACAUGACAAUGAAAUCAGAUCUUGCGAAAUGUUGAAAGAAAAAGAGAAGAAUUUGCAGCAAAAUUUAAAUUAUUAGUUUAAAUAAUAAUCAAAUAUCACUUAUCUUUGUUUAGGACUGUAAAUAGUGUUAAUAGACAAUUGAAUUUGUAGAAAUUAAAUGAUGAAUAGUUGUUUCAAAUAAAAUCUAAUUAUGACGCCAUAUAACA